AUGGCCCCCGCCCGGGGCCGCCUGCCCCCCGCGCUCUGGGUCGUCACGGCCGCGGCGGCGGCGGCCACCUGCGUGUCCGCGGCGCGCGGCGAAGUGAAUUUGCUGGACACAUCGACCAUCCACGGGGACUGGGGCUGGCUCACAUACCCAGCUCACGGGUGGGACUCCAUCAACGAGGUGGACGAGUCCUUCCGGCCCAUCCACACGUACCAGGUGUGCAACGUCAUGAGCCCCAACCAGAACAACUGGCUGCGGACGAGCUGGGUGCCCCGCGACGGCGCCCGGCGCGUGUACGCGGAGAUCAAGUUCACCCUGCGGGACUGCAACAGCAUGCCGGGCGUGCUGGGCACCUGCAAGGAGACCUUCAACCUCUACUACCUGGAGUCGGACCGCGACCUGGGCGCCAGCACGCAGGAGAGCCAGUUCCUCAAGAUCGACACCAUCGCGGCCGACGAGAGCUUCACGGGCGCCGACCUGGGCGUGCGGCGCCUCAAGCUCAACACCGAGGUGCGCGGCGUGGGGCCGCUCGGCAAGCGCGGCUUCUACCUGGCCUUCCAGGACAUCGGCGCCUGCCUCGCCAUCCUCUCCCUGCGGAUCUACUACAAGAAGUGCCCCGCCAUGGUGCGGAACUUGGCGGCCUUCUCGGAGGCGGUGACCGGGGCAGACUCGUCCUCGCUCGUGGAGGUGCGGGGCCAGUGCGUGCGGCACUCGGAGGAGCGGGACACGCCCAAGAUGUACUGCAGCGCCGAGGGCGAGUGGCUGGUGCCCAUCGGCAAGUGCGUGUGCAGCGCGGGCUUCGAGGAGCGGCGGGAUGCCUGUGUGGCGUGCGAGCUGGGCUUCUACAAGUCAGCUCCCGGAGACCAGCUGUGUGCCCGCUGCCCUCCCCACAGCCACUCCGCAGCCCCGGCUGCCCAGGCCUGCCACUGCGACCUCAGCUACUACCGUGCCGCCCUCGACCCGCCAUCCUCGGCCUGCACCCGACCCCCCUCAGCCCCCGUGAACCUCAUCUCCAGCGUGAACGGGACCUCCGUGACCCUGGAGUGGGCCCCUCCCCUGGACCCGGGCGGCCGCAGCGACAUCACCUACAACGCCGUGUGCCGCCGCUGUCCCUGGGCCCUGAGCCGCUGUGAGGCGUGUGGCAGUGGCACCCGCUUCGUGCCGCAGCAGACCAGCCUGGCACAGGCCAGCCUCCUGGUGGCCAACCUGCUGGCCCACAUGAACUACUCCUUCUGGAUCGAGGCCGUCAAUGGAGUGUCCCACCUGAGUCCCGAACCACGUCACGCUGCUGUUGUCAACAUCACCACGAACCAGGCAGCCCCGUCCCAGGUGGUGGUGAUCCGGCAGGAGCGGGCCGGGCAGACCAGCGUGUCGCUGCUGUGGCAGGAACCCGAGCAGCCCAACGGCAUCAUCUUGGAGUACGAGGUCAAGUACUACGAGAAGGACAAGGAGAUGCAGAGCUACUCCACCCUGAAGGCUGUCACCACCCGUGCCACCGUGUCAGGCCUGAAGCCCGGCACACGCUACGUGUUCCAGGUCCGAGCCCGCACCUCGGCUGGCUGUGGCCGCUUUAGCCAGGCCAUGGAGGUGGAGACAGGGAAGCCCCGGCCCCGCUAUGACACCCGGACCAUCGUGUGGAUCUGCCUAACGCUGAUCACGGGCCUGGUGGUGCUUUUGCUCCUGCUCAUCUGCAAGAAGAGACACUGUGGCUACAGCAAGGCCUUCCAGGACUCAGAUGAGGAGAAGAUGCACUACCAAAACGGACAGGCACCCCCCCCUGUCUUCCUGCCGCUGCAUCACCCUCCAGGGAAGCUCCCAGAGCCCCAGUUCUGCGCAGAGCCCCACACCUAUGAGGAGCCGGGCCGAGCGGGACGCGGCUUUACCCGAGAGAUUGAGGCCUCCAGGAUCCACAUCGAGAAAAUCAUCGGCUCUGGGGAGUCUGGAGAGGUCUGCUAUGGGCGGCUGCGGGUGCCGGGGCAGCGCGAUGUGCCCGUGGCCAUCAAAGCACUCAAAGCCGGCUACACAGAGAGGCAACGGCAGGAUUUCCUCAGCGAGGCAUCCAUCAUGGGCCAGUUUGACCACCCCAACAUUAUCCGCCUCGAGGGUGUCGUGACCCGAGGCCGCCUGGCAAUGAUCGUGACGGAGUACAUGGAGAACGGCUCUCUGGACGUCUUCCUGAGGAACCAUGACGGGCAGUUCACCAUAGUGCAGCUGGUGGGCAUGCUCAGAGGGGUGGGCGCUGGCAUGCGCUACCUGGCAGACCUGGGCUACAUCCACCGGGACCUGGCCGCCCGCAACGUCCUUGUGGACGGCCGCCUGGUGUGCAAGGUGUCCGACUUCGGGCUCUCCCGGGCGCUGGAGGACGACCCGGACGCCGCCUACACCACUGCCGGAGGGAAGAUCCCCAUCCGCUGGACAGCGCCCGAGGCCAUUGCCUUCAGGACCUUCUCCUCGGCCAGCGACGUGUGGAGCUUCGGCGUGGUCAUGUGGGAAGUGCUGGCCUACGGGGAGCGGCCCUACUGGCACAUGACCAACCGGGACGUCAUCAGCUCAGUGGAGGAGGGCUACAGGCUGCCCGCGCCCAUGGGCUGCCCCCGCGCCCUGCACCAGCUCAUGCUGGACUGCUGGCACAAGGACCGGGCCCAGCGGCCUCGCUUCUCCCACAUCGUCAGUGUCCUGGAUGCGCUGAUCCACAGCCCCGAGAACCUCAGGGCCACGGCCACGGCUGGCAGGUGCCCUCCCCCUGCCUUCGCCAGGAGCUGCUUUGACCUCCGCGGGGGCGGCGGGGGCCUGACUGUGGGGGACUGGCUGGACUCCAUCCGCAUGGGCCGCUAUCGAGACCACUUUGCUGCUGGCGGUUACUCCUCCCUGGGCAUGGUGCUGCGCAUGAAUGCUCAGGACGUGCGCGCCCUGGGCAUCACCCUCAUGGGCCACCAGAAGAAGAUCCUGGGCAGCAUCCAGACCAUGCGGGCCCAGCUGACCAGCACCCAGGGGCCCCGCCGGCACCUCUGA